ACUUUCCCUGUCUCUUGUUCGCUCUUCUUUCUACUUUGCCGCUGGAGGUCAAGCAAGUAUGUGUCACAUGGUUGCCAGCUCAUUUGCAUGGCCGGGUUAAUGAGCUUAGCGUGCGCUGCUCAGCGUGUACGUGUUGUUGUUGCUGGAUAGUUUGUGGUUAGCAAGAGGACAAACGUCAGGAACAGGACCCUCCCUUCUCUCUCUCUCUCUCUCUCUCUCUCUCUCUGUCUCUUUUGCUGUGUCCCAAAGCUUUGACAAGGCUGCUUUGUCGCUGCAUCAGCUCCUACACAGCUUUCUUUUCUCCACCAACAACUUUGCUUUUUGCCAAAAUGGACCGGAACCCCUGGCCGUGCAAUGACAUGAGCCAUGUCAAGUUUUGCAGCCAAGGAAUCGGCAGUGACAGCCGUAUCACACUUGUUGGUAAGCCAGCGCUACAGAGGCGAGCUCUUAGCUUCCAGAAGGAAUUCUCCUUUGACGAAAAAGACAACCUCGUCCAAGUGGCCAAAGAUAUAGAUGCUUGUCUGUCUGCUAAUCUCCCCAAAGUGUCUGAGUUGAGGAAACGAUUUGAAGGUCUGACCGCAAGCACGAGUGACUGGGAAAUGAACAGAAAGGAGCGUAUUGCUCGCCGACUGGAGGGCAUCGAGGGGGAGGGGCAUCCAUCUCUCCUGCCCGCCCUGGUGGCCAACCGACUUUUGGAAGAGGAUACACCACGAUACACCCGUGCAUCGGAUCCUUGUGAACCUUGUGCUGUUACAGUGCACAGGUACGGGAUGGAGGGAUUUGAAAGGCCAGAAAUGCAGACGAUGGCUCCACAGCAGCAGUCCAGGGCUCAAAGCCGAUCAGACGCCAACGCCUCCAAUCAAUACAUCUGCAGUUCUUCUUCCACCAAGUUAGAGUCCAAAGCUGAACGCAUCGCUCGCUACAAGGCGGAGAGGCGUAGGCAGCUAGCCGAGCGCUACGGCAUCACUUUGGACCAGGAGACAGACGUGGACUAUCCGUCCCGCUACAGUCGUACUCAGAAGGAGUCGGGGGGCGCAGAGAGGCGAAAGAAAGAGGAGUUAGUUGGGGAAGAACGGCGUGAUGUCAGCCCGUGCAGAGGGCCCAGUGUGCCCCCCCACAGCCCUCCCGAGCUGGACUACGAAAUGAGUCGAACCAGAGCGGGCUCGUUCUCAGAGACGGAGCAACUCAUGAACCUGGAGAAUCAACGCAGGGGAGCAGCUCAUGAGCCGUCCUCUUCCACCUACAUGGACGUGUCAUCGCCACCCUCCUCCUCCUCCGCACCUAAACACGCCACCUCACCUGGUGACCUCUUCAUCGAGCAGCAGGCCCAUAACAUCCUCAGCAGACAAGGUACCAGGCCAAAACUGUGCACUGAUUGGUUGCUUGAGACCGAUGCUGAGGGCGACACCCACUCUCUAAUCAACUGGCCAUCGAGAAUCAGAGGUAGGGAGAAGCUUGCGAAGGAAGAAGGUCACCAGAGGGGCUCAGAACUAGGAAGCCUCGCUGAGGCUCCGCUGUACGGCAGACAAUUUCAGCAACAGUCAUCUACGCCUUACAAUGCAGACCCGGCAAUUCCUCAGCAGUCGCAUCGUCACCCUCAUGCUCCGCACACUCGCAGAAGGCCCCUAGGAGGACAAGAUGUUGGUGUUUAUCCCAGUUAUCUCUCCAUGACCUCUGCUGUUCCAUCCAGAGCAGGGCAGCUUGCAGAUGAAGAAAGCAAGGAGUCGGGUGGUAUUAAGACAGAGGGUCUCCUGAGGAGUAGGAAAGCAGUGCUGCCCUCUGAGAUCCGCCGCAGGGAGAGGAGCACAGAGGACCCACGCAGAGGAAGGGGAGAAGAUGAGAUGUUUGAUGAGAGAGAAGAUCCUGGAAGGACAAGUCACAGAGGAAGAAGGGAAACAGCUGAGCCAUCCAAACACGCAGAACACACCAGCAAUCACCAGCGAACAGCCCCCAGCAGGACCAGAGAGAUGGAGAAUGCCAGCCACAUCCGACCCAAAGCAUCACCAAGCCGCUCUGCAUGGGAUUCUGGUGAUCAUGAGGGCCGUCUUAAACACGUUCAAGAUCCCCGGCAGCUGAAGAAAAGUAAGGAAGAUGUUCCUCAGGACAGCCUUGUGUCGGUGGCCCAGCUCCGACAUUCUUACAUGGAAAGCACCACCACUCCUCCGAGCAGAUGCAAAGCUGAGCUGUCCUGUGCGAGUUCAGCGUUUGCUUCCAAUGAAGGUGAGGAGGAGAAGCUGGAUGAACGGGCCAAGCUAAGCGUGGCGGCCAAGCGCUCGCUCUUCAGGGAGUUGGAGAAAAAUAUUGUGGGAGAAGCUAAGCCGCGCUCCAGGAACGCUGCAGUGGACCGCAGGCUAAGACGGACACAAGACCGAUCCAAAACUCAGCCUGUCACCACUGAGGAAGUGGUCAUCGCCGCCACCGCCCCCACUCACAUGCCACAGGCUGUGAGCGUUGACACAACUGUCGCACGCGCCUCAAACCCCACCCUCCCUCCAAGCAGCCUGCAGGCAUCAUCGCAUCACAACAGCGCCACACGGGAGCCAGGGGCUCAGGCGACACGAGACACCCGGAUGGAGACGAGAGAGGAGGGUCAGGGCCAAGAGGAGCCCGACCUCUGCGCGCUCAGCCUGGCUGAGAAGAUGGCGCUGUUCAACCGGCUGGCUCAGCCCCCGACCAGGGUCACGCGCACCAGUGGGGGGGCACGUCAGCGCAGGAACAACACUCGCUAUCAAACUCAACCCAUCACUUUGUGUGAUAUGGAGCAGGAGUCUUCAGAUGUAAACAGGAUGGAUGAAGAGGAGCAAUGUGACAAGUUCUUUCAACUUCAAGGUGAACACCUCCCUUCAUCCUCGUCCUGUGCGCUGAGAGGAGGAGGCACAGUGUCCACUGAUCACGCAGGAGACAUCCACGUGAGCAGAGUACCACAUCACCACGUCAACGGCAUGACCCGGAGGCCCCGGGACCCAGUGGAGCGCCAUAGGCAGCCCGAUCGCGUGUCGCCACACGAAGAGGAUGCAGCAGAAAUGUCGAAGAGGAAAAAGAGGUUGCGCUCCCCUGAGGACAGUGUCAGACGAGCGUCGCUGCCUCCGCCCCACGGUGGAAGAGAGGAUGAUGAGUGGCGGUCUGGAGAGACCACUGAUGGACCCACACAGAACUGUGAGAGCCACGUGGGGCUGGAAGGGCAGCAGAAGAUUCAUCAGAGGGAAGAAGUGGAACACGCUGCCAGCUCGAGAAACCAAACAGUCAAUGGCGAGCUGCCCGAGCCCACUUGGGUGAGGCCCAGAGCGGCGUCCGCGUCGUCCAAAGGUGUUUACCAGCCGCCGCCGGCAGACACGCGCUCGGCGUACAGCGAACUAGCAGCUAGCCUGCCGCAGUCCGAGCCAGGAGCUGGCGACACGUGUGACACCAUGACGGCCAAACACAUGUCCGUCAAAGAGAGGGUGGCUUUGCUGAAGAAGAGCGGUGAGGAGGACUGGAGGAACCGGAUCAAUAAGAAGCAGGAUGCGGUCAAGACGGCUGUGGGCGACCCCCACGCUCACCUCUGGGAGGUGGAGCAGAGCUUCAACAAGAAGAGAAUCACAGAGGCUGCGAUGGAGUCGCAGAGGAUGGAGGCUCAGAUGUCCAUCCAGGAGAGGAAAGAGCAAAUGGAAGCUCAAGAAGAGGCCUGGAAGUCCAAAGGUCAAGGAUCCGCCAACGACUCCACCCAGUUCACCGUGGCUGCACGCAUGCUGAAGAAAGGGGUGGCCUCCCCCUCUGCCCUGCAGUCUUCAGCAACGUCUAAACCCAAGAGCAGCAGCCCUGCCGUCUCCAAACCACAAGAAGAGAUCACGGCCAUGUCAGAUUUGAAGCUGGAGUCAGACAGGAAGUUGGAUAAGCUGGAGUCGUUCCUUGGCAAGAUCAACAAUAAAGCACUGCCAGACGCCACCAUCACGGUCACGGAGAAGAAGGUAAAGGAAGUGAUGGCCCUGGAAGACGACAUCUUUUCCAACUUCUACCGCCAAGUGGAGGAGCUGCCGUCCACCACCAGCAAGGUGCCACUGGUCGAUGACUUUGAUGCCAUCUUUGGGCCGCAGCUUCCCAAGUUGACGUCGGAGAUGGUGCAGCACAAGAGAGCUGUGCGGCCGACACGUAAAACAGCGGCGUCUAAGAACCCAGUGAAGAUGCUCGCUGCCAGAGAGGACAUCAGACAUGAAUACACGGAACAACGCCUCAACGUCGGCCUGCUGGAAAGCAGGAGGAUGAAAGCAGAAAGAGCCAACAAGAAGAGCAGUUUAUCUGACGUGGCCUUGGCUGGUCUCGCCAGCACGGAGAACUUUGGUAGCGUCAACCUACGCAGUGUGGACAUCUCUGAGCAGACAUCCAACAACAGCGCCGUGCCCUACAAGAAAGUCAUGCUCUUGCAUGUCAAAGGUCGACGACACAUCCAGACCAGGCUAGUGGAGCCCAGAGCGUCGUCCUUGAACAGCGGCGACUGCUUCCUGCUCAUCACGCCGCAGCACUGCUUCGUCUGGAUGGGAGAGUUUGCUAACGUCAUCGAGAAGAACAAGGCUUCAGAGUUGGCCAACUUCAUCCAGAGCAAGAAAGAUCUGGGUUGCCGUGCCCACUACGUGCAGGUCCUUGAAGAGGGCGUUGACCCUCAAAGCCACGCUGCCAAGGAGUUCUGGGAGAUCCUGGGAGGCCAUGCCACUUCCCAGUCGGCGGGAACACCAGAUGAAGACGAGCUUUACGAGGGUGCCAUCGUUGAGACCAACUGUAUUUACCGACUGGUGGACAACAAACUGGUGCCAGAUGACGACUUUUGGGCCAAGAUACCUCGCUGUUCUUUACUCAAACCGAAGGAGGUUCUGGUGUUUGACUUUGGCAGUGAGAUGUACAUCUGGCACGGGAAGGAAGUCACGCUGGCACAGAGGAAGGUGGCCUUCCAGUUGGCCAAACACCUGUGGAACGGAACAUUCGAUUACACAAACUGUGAUAUCAACCCCCUGGAUCCAGGAGAGUGCAACCCGCUCAUUCCCAAGAAAGGACAGGGUCGUCCUGACUGGGCCGUGUUUGGCAGACUGACCCAUCACAAUGAAACCACCUUGUUCAAGGAGAAGUUCUUGGACUGGAGCGAAUGCAGGAGAACAUCCAGCAGCAGCAACCCCAAGGAGCGGCCCACUCCAGAUCAGCCCCGUGCAUACGACGCCGCCCUCAUGAUGCCCAUCCACCAGCUGCCCGCCUGCACCGUCGUAGACGGCCUGAACGUGGGUAGGGGGUACGGGCUGGUGGAGGGGGAGGACCGGCGGUGCUACGAAGUCCGCACGCUGGCCGUGGAGGUCUGGCACAUCCUGGAGUUUGACUACAGUCGCCUACCGUGCCAGAGCAUCGGCCAGUUCCAUGAGGGAGACGCCUACGUGGUGAAGUGGAAGUACACGGUCAGCACCGCAGUCGGGAAGCGGCAGAACCCGGAUCAGGUCAAGAUGGCGGGGCCCGGGAAAGAGAAAUGCUGCUAUUUCUUCUGGCAGGGACGCAAUUCCACAGUCAGCGAGAAAGGAACGUCGGCGCUCAUGACCGUCGAACUGGAUGAGGAGCGAGGGGCUCAGAUUCAAGUCCUGCAGGGAAAAGAACCUCCGUGUUUCCUGCAGUGCUUCCAAGGAGGCAUGAUCAUCCAUGCAGGGAAGAGAGGAGAAGAAGAGCAGGAGAACUCACAGAGUGACUGGCGGCUGUACUGCGUGCGAGGGGAGGUUGAGCUGGAGAGCCAUCUAGUGGAGGUGGUGUGCCACUGCAGCAGCCUGCGCUCCAGAGUCUGCUUGGUGCUGCUGAGCGUCGGCCAGGCCCUCAUCUACCUGUGGCACGGCUGCAAGGCGCAGGAGCACACGCGGCGGGUGGCUCACGCCGCCACCAGCAGGAUCCAAGAACAUUGUCCUCUAGAAGCAGGCCUUCACAGCAGCAGCAAGGUGACCGUACGGGAAUGUGAUGAGGGAGCAGAGCCUUUGGGAUUCUGGGAAGCCCUCGGCAGGAGAGACAGGAAAGCGUACGACUGCAUGCUGCAAGACCCUGGCAAGUUCAACUUCACGCCUCGUCUCUACCAGCUGAGCAGCAUUUCGGGGGCGUUUGCUGCUGUGGAGUUUGUGUACCCCGCCAGAGAGCCCAAGCAGGUCAACUCCAUGCCCUUCCUGCAGGAAGAUCUUUAUUCUGCAUCCCAGCCUGCGUUGUUCUUGGUGGAUAACCACCAUGAGGUGUACCUGUGGCAGGGCUGGUGGCCUCAGAACAGCGAAAGCACCGGCUCAGCCCGAAUACGUUGGGACUUGGACAGGAAGUGUGCCAUGGAGACGGUGCUGCAGUACUCUAAGGAAAAGAAUGGAAAAAAGCCCCCGAAGGCGUAUCUGAUCCACGCCGGGCUGGAGCCGCUCACCUUCACCAACAUGUUCCCCAGCUGGGAGCACCGAGAGGACAUCGCUGAGAUCACUGAGCGGGAGGCAGAGGUGUGUAACCAGAUCAUUCUAGUGGAAGAUGUGCUGGCCAGACUGUGUCAGACUACAUACCCUCUGGAUGAUCUCCUCGCCCGGCCGCUGCCAGAGGGUGUGGACCCUCUCCGCCUGGAGGUCUACCUGUCGGACGAGGACUUUCAGGGCGUGGGGGCUGAUGGGAAGAAAGGCUUGGAGAUGACGAGGGAGGAGUACGGGCGUCUGCCUGCAUGGAAGCAAACCAACGUGAAGAAAAGCAAAGGACUUUUCUAGUUUCACGUUCUUUCAUGUUUUCCUGCUUUUCCUGCUUGAGAGACUCAGGACUUGGCUGUCCUGAGUCCACCUCGACGUGGAGACACCAGAGGAUGAAAGGUGUGGCAGCCGUUUGUCGUCUUUGUGUGCUUUGGAGAAGGCGGCGUGCGUGUCUGCGAUGAAGCUCCCUUCCAGUCUGCGCGUACAUACUCGUGUUUGUGCAUCACAGCAUCGCUAGUUCUACCCACCCAAGCAGGAAGUCACAGAAAGUGUCCUGGCCGUUGUCACCAAACGCCAUUGUUGGCCGUGCUGCAAACAUUUCCUACGCAUUCAGAAUGAUGACCUUUAUUUGGACGUCAUGAGCAACUAAAUUCGAAUUAGUUGAUUUUGGAAAAACUACACUGUAUAGUGCCUUGACUUUGUGUACAGUUUCUACACACUUUUUGGGCUAGAAAUACCUCAGAAAUAAACCCUCAAAGAACCUCCAUGUUUGUCAUUUUUCAACCAACUGGGAAAUCCAUGAAAAAUCUCAAUGGAGCUCCUUCAAACAUAAAACGUGAUGACGAUCCAUUUGCUUUUUCCAUGGCUUGGCUGGUCCUGUCACUUAGUCACGUGCCAUUUACGCAACAAAAAUAUACUGUAUAGUGGUUUCUGGUGACACCUAGUGGCCGCAAUAAUUCAUGAUUGAGUUUGUUGUGACGUAGUUAUUGAAUGAAGAGCAUACCAGACGUGUUUUCUUAAGGAAUGCUUUCUAAUACACUUGUGCCUUGGAGACCCCAUGUCUGUAAGUAAUGUGCAACUAAAAUGACAUGAUAGCUGUGUGGAUUAGAAAUGUGUUAUUUUAGACACCAGUGUUGUGUCAUUAGGACACUAAUUAUGUCUGGUUUAAAGAUUGUAGCUGCUGUGUCAGCCACUGACUAACUAAAUACACUUUUAUCGCUCUUCUUUCAUGAGUCAAUACAAAAUGUUUUGGUGUUAAAAUACAGCUGUUUGAUGCAUUCCUACACACCGUCAUGUCAAGUGGCUUCUUCCACUUCUAACAUUUAUUAAACAGGUUAGCUU